GGGUCGUCUUCUAGGCAUAGACACGAACAGUCAAGUCAUCCAUGCAUUAUUGCCUGGCGGCCCUGAGCUUGAAUUGUGCCAGGAGUCAUUUACGGCCCAAUGGGUAGCACGCGGAGAUAGUCUUGUAGUAAGGACUUUUCAGGAAUCGAAAGGAGUUACCGGUAUCCGGUUUGGGGGAUUCAAUCAACUGAUUGUACCCCCAGACUCCUCCUCGCUAGACCAUCCAAGUCAGCGGGCCCGAACAAUAGAUGAGGACCAUAUAGGCAUGGUCAAGUUUAAAGGAAGGAACGAUAAAGCUUACGAGAUGGUGAAAGCGGAUAUUGAAGAGCUAGUCGAGAAUAGUGAAGUAGUAAAAGCAGCGAGAGACCCAGGGAAUAAUAUGACAAAACAAGAUCGAAAGUGUAUUCAGGACUUACGCGUCACCGACCCCUGCCACGACAAGGAACGUAUUGAGAAAACUAAGGGUGGACUGCUGGAGGACUCAUACCGCUGGAUCCUCCAAAACCCCGACUUCCAAAGAUGGCGUGACGACGAUCAGAGCCGACUACUAUGGAUUAAAGGCGAUCCUGGCAAGGGCAAGACGAUGCUGCUUUGCGGUAUCAUCAACGAGUUGAAUAAGCCAAUGACCAAGACAGGCCAGCUGUCUUUCUUCUUCUGCCAGGCCACAGACUCACGGAUUAACAGCGCCACGGCCGUGCUUCGAGGUUUGCUGUACUUGCUUAUCAAUCAGCAGCCAUCAUUCGUCCCGCAUUUACGGAAGAAGUAUGACCACGCAGGCAAAGCACUCUUUGAGGAUGCAAACGCCUGGGUUGCCUUAUCUAAGAUCUUCACAAACAUUCUGCAAGACUCAAACUUGAAUACUACAUACCUAAUUAUUGACGCACUUGACGAGUGCGUAUUAGACUUGCCAAAACUGCUUGACUUUGUUGUCCAGCAGUGUUCAUUAUCACCUUGUGUGAAGUGGGUAGUCUCUAGCCGCAACUGGCCAAGUAUUGAAGAACAACUGGUGAAGGCAGGACAGGGGGUAAGGCUGAGCCUUGAGCUGAAUGCGGAGUCUGUUUCUACUGCUGUUGGUGUAUUCAUCCAGCAGAAAGUGCUUCAGCUAUCGCAGGAUAAGAACUACGACGACGAAACUAAGGGCGCUGUGCUUGAUCAUCUGUACUCAAAUGCGAAUGAUACAUUCCUCUGGGUAGCUUUGGUCUGCCAGAAUCUUAAGGAGAUGUCCCGGUUGAAUGUCGUCACUAAGCUGAAGUCAUUUCCACCAGGACUCAACUCUCUUUAUGAGCGGAUGAUGCAGCAUAUCAACGACUCAGACGAUGCUGAACUCUGCAAGCGUGUGCUAGCGACAAUCACAGUCGCGUAUCGCCCCAUCACGCUAGAAGAGCUAUCCUCUCUUGUAGGGGAGCUCGAUGGCAAGGAUUUGGGGUUAUUGCAGGAGAUUGUUAGCCGCUGUGGCUCGCUUCUAACUAUCCGAGAUGGUACCAUCUACUUUGUCCACCAGUCUGCAAAGGAUUUUUUGCAAAAAGAGGCAUUCAACACCGUAUUCCCAUCUGGAAGCGAAGAGGCCCAUUAUGCAGUCUUCUUGAGAUCACUGCUUUCAAUGUCCAAGAUGCUCCAACGAGAUAUGUACAGAUUGGGAAGAUUAGGAUAUCCCAUUGAAGAGGUCUAUCAGCUGAAGCCAGAUCCCCUAGCGCCGUUGCGCUACUCGUGUACCUACUGGAUCGAUCACCUCUGUGACUGGAGUUCUAGCACUUCUGCAUACGAUAAGGACGUCCUCCAGGACGGAGGCCUUGUCGACAGCUUCCUUAGAAAGAAAUACCUUUACUGGCUUGAAGCUCUAAGUCUCAAUAGAAACAUGUCAGAGGGUGUGCUUGCAAUAGGAAAACUCAACACAUUAGCCCAGAAAAGCACAGAUGGACCUGGCUUGACAAACUUACUUGAAGAUGCGCGCCGAUUUAUUAUGGCCCAUAAGUCGGCAAUAGAGAAUAGUCCACUUCAGGCAUAUGCUUCCGCGCUCCUCUUUAGCCCCACUCGCAGUCUAAUAAGAGGCCUUUUUAAGAAGGAAGAGAUGGGCUCAGUCACAAUAAAGCCAGGUAUGCAAGAGAACUGGAGCGCUUGCUUGUCAACGCUCGAGGGCCAUAGCGAUUUUAUUUCCUCGGUAGCCUUCUCACACGACUCGACCCGGCUGGCGUCAGGGUCAGGUGACCACACAGUCAAGAUCUGGGAUGUGAGUAGCGGCAAGUGCCUGUCGACGCUCGAGGGCCGUAGCAGUCAUAUUACCUCGGUAGCCUUCUCACACGACUCGACCCGGCUGGCGUCAGGGUCACGUGACGACACAGUCAAGAUCUGGGAUGUGAGUAGCGGCAAGUGCCUGUCAACGCUCGAGGGCCAUAGCAGUUUUAUCUUCUCAGUAGCCUUCUCACACGACUCGACCCGGCUGGCGUCAGGGUCAUAUGACGACACAGUCAAGAUCUGGGAUGUGAGUAGCGGCAAGUGCCUGUCGACGCUCGAGGGCCAUAGCAGUUUUAUUUCCUCGGUAGCCUUCUCACACGACUCGACCCGGCUGGCGUCAGGGUCAUAUGACGGCACAGUCAAGAUAUGGGAUGUGAGUAGCGGCAAGUGCCUGUCAACGCUUGAGGGCUAUAGCAAUUCUAUCUCCUCGGUAGCCUUCUCACACGACUCGACCCGGCUGGCGUCAGGGUCAUAUGACGACACAGUCAAGAUCUGGGAUGUGAGUAGCGGCAAGUGCCUGUCAACGCUCAAGGGCCAUAGCAGUCAUAUUACCUCGGUAGCCUUCUCACACGACUCGACCCGGCUGGCCAAUUCUAUCUCCUCGGUAGCCUUCUCACACGACUCGACCCGGCUGGCGUCAGGGUCAGGUGACGGCACAGUCAAGAUCUGGGAUGUGAGUAGCGGCAAGUGCCUGUCGACGCUUAAGGGCCAUAGCAAUCCUAUUUCCUCGGUAGCCUUCUCACACGACUCGACCCGGCUGGCGUCAGGGUCAUAUGACCGCACAGUCAAGAUCUGGGAUGUGAGUAGCGGCAAGUGCCUGUCGACGCUCAAGGGCCAUAGCAAUUCUAUCUCCUCAGUAGCCUUCUCACACGACUCGACCCGGCUGGCGUCAGGGUCAUAUGACCGUAUAUCCAAUCAAGGCCUAAGUUUGAGUUUAGAUAAUAUGUGGAUAACAUACAAUUCAGAAAACCUUUUGUGGCUACCGUCAGAAUACCGGCCAUCACGCGCAACAGUAUCUAAGAAAACGAUAGGCAUUGGUACCGGAGGUGGAAGGGUAUGGAUAUGCGAGAUUCAAUAAACUCCAAAACGUUAGAACAUUCACAUCAUUGUUAUAUUCUGUAUUAUAUUUAUUAUUCUCUCUAUUUCAUAGAG